AUGUUGAACUUGGUGAAAGAGGAAACAGAUCGACUGACACGUGAAAAUGAACUUUUGCGAAACGAAGCCAAGGAUUUUAAGAAACAAUUGAUGCUUGCUGAGAUCAACAACGGAGUUCGACAGAUUCCUAUACCGACCAAAAGAAGCAUUAGCGAGUCCAACAAAGUUAAUGAACAGAAAAACGUCAAGAAGGGUAACGGGAAAGAAGUGAACGAGAAAAAAGUGAAAGUUGAUAAAGACACCAAAGCUCCUCCCAGCAGCAAUGACUCCAUCAACGUUUCAAAACUCGAUCUUAGAGUCGGCUUAAUCGUGUCUGCCGAAAAACACCCCGAUGCCGAUAAACAGUACGUCGAAGAGGUGAACGUCGGUGACGAGGGCGGCGCACACAGGACUGUGGUUUCGGGCCUGGUCAAUUACGUACCGCUCGAAGCCAUCCAAGGUCGCCUGGCUGUCUUUCUUUGCAAUUUGAAACCAGCUAAAAUCCGCGGUGUCAUGUCUGAGGCGAUGUUGGUUUGUGCCUGCACUUCUGACAAAGUAGAAUUGCUUGUUCCCCCGCCAGGGUGUGUACCCGGAGACCAAGUAAUCUGUCCGCAGUUCCCCGGGAAACCCGAACCCCAGCUGAACCCGAAGAAAAAAAUUUGGGAGACUGUGAAACCGAAUCUGAAGACCAACAACAAGUGUGUUGCAACAUUUAAGGGUCAAGUUCUGGUUGUCGAAGGAAAGGGUGAAGUAAAUGUCCCCACCUUGGCUGAUGCACAACUUUCUUGA